GGAACAUAGAAGUCAACGUGGCAAGAUCAGGAAGGGUGAAGAAAGAUCUUGGAAAAAAACCCCAACCUUUGUGUAUCGUAGCACAAACACAGACAAAUCUGACGAAAAUCACGGAAACAUCAUCCAGUUACAGUUUUGUCGGAAUAAAAAGUAUACGAACAUGGUGUUCAACGGCCAGACAGUUGUGUCUGUAGCCCAUUUGUCGGCGGAGAUUUGGCAGCGAUUACGGCGGAUCCCACCGUCUGACCGCAUAAGCAGCAGCGAGAUGCUUGAGCUAGUCUGCUUCUUCCCGCUCCAGCAAUUGGGUCGAUACGCUUUAUGUUUCUUGACUUUUCUCUGUCUUCCUCAUCCAGGUUUGCUCUAUCCUGAACCCGACGAUGACGAUGGGAAUCACGCUUUUGUUAAUGGCUCCUCUUCAUCUUCCAUCGCUAGACAUCAGCAUCACUUUCAUCUACACUUUGAGUAAUCAAAACCAAACUUGAUCAUCUUCUCUUCUUUGUAAAGUUUUCGUUUUCUCUUUUUCUUUUUUUUGCAGUUACUCUGUUUUCUCUCUGUGUUUGAUGUAUAUACUAUGUAGUUUUGCGGUGUGGUAAUAUUGUCUAGAUUUGGGUUCGUUUUAAGUCUAGUCCUUGAUUAUUAAUUAUAGACCAUAAAUAUGGGUUUAAUCUGCACUUGAAAUAUCGUCGAAUCGGUUUUACCUCGAAAUGUUAAGACUUGAAGCUGCAUCCGAUUUGUUUUGUGAUGUUCAUAUCUUCUGUGGGGAAAUUGAUGAGAGACCAAGAGAGUGUGUGGGUUUAUCAUCCGGCUUGAGAGUAGACAACUCUGGUUUUGGAUCUUUACGACUCUGUGUCUGAUGUAAUUAGCUCUAAAGAUCAAGAACGGUGUUUGUUCAUAAACCAGCUUUAUUGGGUGUCUAGGUUUGGUGAGUUUUUUGGUUUUCUUGGCUUCCAAGAAAGAAGCUUGGUAGUACUAGUGUAAAUCGGAUACUUCAUGGUUCUUAAUUGUUUUCAUCUCCUACGGUA